AUGAAAAUAAAAAAUCAAGGGGAUACUAAAAACGCUAUUAAAACUACCGUCAAAAACUUAAAUAAUUCGGAUUUGAAUAAUAGUCAACAAUUAGCCACAGUCAAAGAAUUAUUAACUAAUCAUCAGGAAAAGGAACCGAAAGAACCGAUAUCGGACUCUGAUUCGGAUGAUGGUUACGAAACAGCGGAUGAUGAAAUUUGGGAAGAACCAGAGACAAAAGAAGAGAAAUUAACUAAGAAUUAUCAAAAAUUACAAUCUUUAUAUCAGCAAUGA